GAAAUCUAUUUGAAAAUGGUGUUUACAAACCGCUUAGCAUACGUAAAUGUUUCUAAGACAACAAUAACUCAUUUCAGUCACAGUAAGAGUAUUGCAUAAAACAUGGCGUCAUAAUGCAUUAUAUAUUUACAUAAAUGAAUACAUACAUGUGUCUCAGAAGUUUUUUUUUGCUUCACAUAAAGAAGCAAUUCAAGAUUAGCAUUUGAUUGUUAAUUGCAGUUGUAAAAAACGUGUCGAUACGUAAUAGGCGAGGAGAACAUAAAUAGGUGUCAUUAACUCUUUAUUUAAUUAGCGCUUGUACAGUAAGUGCCGCCGUGAGAAAACUUUCGUGUGUCAAUCAUGACGUUGUCAGAAGAGGUGCAAAGGAAACAAAGCGAGUACCAAAAGUGUCUUGAGUCGUACAAACAGAUGAGAGCCAAGUUCGAGGAAAACUACCUUAAAUGUCCAACAAGCCGAGGAGGUCGCAAGCUGGACGAGACUCGGGACAAGUACGGCAAGGCCUGCAGGCGGCUUCACCGCGCUCACAACGAGUAUGUCCUGCUGCUUGCAGAGGCGACCGAGUGCGAGAGGGCGCUGCGGACUGCUGCACUACCCACGCUGAUGGACCAGCAGCGCCGGCAGGGAGAAGCUACGGCCACGUCAUGGAAAGGAGUUCUACUUGAAGUGGUGCAGAGAUCAGACUUCAGCACGGACAAGUUUAGAGAGAUUCAGACCAAAAUAGAAACAACCAUACAGAAUCUAAGGCCUCAAGAUGAAUACAAGGAGUUUAUUGAGAAGUACAAAUCGCCGCCAUCAACGCCGGUGACGUUUAACUUCGACGAGAGUCUGGUUGAAGACACAAGUGGGAAGCUGCAGCCGAAUCAGCUGACGGUGGACAAUCUUACCGUGGAAUGGCUGAAGGAAAAGCUCACAGAGCUGGAAGCCACGCUACUGGACAACAGGGAGAAGCAAACCGCUUUGCAGGGACCCGAGAUCAUUGGGAACGGAGUCUGCAAGAACAACAACACCGGACUCAGUAAUGGUGUCAACGGGAUCGACAGGCAUUCUCCACCACCAUUACCGGUGACAACGUCAGAGCCGAUCAAGCUGCUGGAGCUGCGCGUAGCUGAGCGCAAGUGUGCCAAACAAGCAGAGAUGAUCAGGUCGGCGCUGGCAGAGCUCGGCUGCGAGGAGGCGCCUAGCGGCUGCCCAGACCUCUCAGCUGAGACUGUCGGCGUUGACAGUCUAGACGGCAGCUCGCCUGACCAUCAGUCGAAAUUCGAUCAUCAGGAUCGCUCCUCAAUCGGAUCCAAAGCGUCAGCGGACACGCUGCGCUUACACCUCCACUCUAUAAUACCGCCGAGACCGUUCUUCAAACUAUUCACGCGGCCGUUCCGACGUAAAUCAGCUCCGUCCAGUCCGGCGCUACCGCCCAAGACUUACCGGAGCAGCAGCGAGGGCCCCGCCGACUCGGUGAGUGUGAGCGAGACGGAGCGUACUCUUGUGGAACAGGAGUGGUUCCAUGGCGUGCUGCCGCGGGAGGAGGUGGUGCGGCUGUUGCGGGCGGACGGGGACUACCUGGUGCGGGAGACCACCAGGAACCAUGCGAGGCAGCUCGUGCUGUCCGUCUGCUGGGGACAACACAAACACUUCAUCGUGCAAACAACUCCUGAGGGUCACUACAGGUUCGAGGGCGCGGCGUUCCCGUCAGUGGCCGAGCUGAUCGCGUGGCAGCGCACCAGCGGCGUGCCGGUGACCGCGCGCUCCGGAGCCCUGCUGCGCCGCGCCGUGCCCAGGGAGAACUGGGAACUUAAUAAUGAUGAUGUGCAGCUCUUGGACAAGAUUGGGAGGGGUAACUUCGGUGACGUGUACAAGGCUCGGCUGAAGAGCACGAGCCAGGAGGUAGCGGUGAAGACCUGCAGGGUGGCGCUGCCCGAGGAGCAGAAGCGGACCUUCCUGCAAGAGGGCCGCAUCCUGAAGCAGUACCAGCACCCUAACAUUGUCAGGCUCAUCGGGAUAGCCGUGCAGAAGCAGCCUAUUAUGAUUGUCAUGGAACUUGUUCCUGGUGGUUCCCUCCUAACAUUCCUUCGGACGCGAGCCUCAACCCUCAGCUCUCGGUCCCUGCUCGCCAUGUGUCGCGACGCGGCCGGAGGCAUGCGCUACCUCGAAUCCAAGAACUGCAUCCACCGAGACCUGGCCGCCAGGAACUGUCUCGUGGGAGACGACAACAUUGUCAAGAUAUCAGACUUUGGUAUGUCCAGGGAGGAGGAGGAGUAUAUCGUGUCCGGAGGCAUGAAGCAGAUACCUAUCAAGUGGACCGCGCCUGAGGCACUUAACUUUGGCAAGUACACGUCUCUAUGCGAUGUAUGGAGUUACGGUGUGCUGAUGUGGGAGAUAUUCUCGAAGGGCGACACACCAUACGCGGGCAUGAGCAACUCGCGGGCUCGGGAGAAAAUUGAUACCGGCUACAGGAUGCCGGCACCCGAAGGCUGUAUGGAAGACGUGUACGCGCUGAUGCUGCGCUGCUGGGAGUACGAGCCGGAGAAGCGGCCGCACUUCCACCAGAUAUACACCAUUAUAGACAACAUAUACAAUAGGUAACAUUACACACACUAGUGUAAUGUUAUUGGUUAUUCAGAUUACUGGAGGCCUAUCGACACUUCUUAAUGUAAAACUUACAGGUGUGGAAGCGAGAUGCCGCUCUACUCCUUGUAAUGGACCGUCUCACUUUAACACGUGCAAAAAUCUUACAUCAGGAAUUGGUGAUAGUUUUCCUUAUAUGUUAGACAAAGGUGCCUGCAAAUCGGUGCUAGAUAUAGAUCUAAUAAUACGAAUUAAGUUAUCCCCUUUCCUGUUUAAUAAACGUAUUGGCUCCGAUGGUUAUUUACAAACCAAAACGAGUAAAUGUAAUUUCAGAAGUUUGAGUUAAAUAAUGAAGUUAGUUCUAAUUUAUAACACUGCAGACGUAAUUAAAUAACGUAUCUAAAUGUGAUCGAGACUUUUCCUCAGAAAUGGCAACUAAAUGGAAUAUUUACUUAGGAUAGGUGCUAAGAAUGACAUAAUCGUUUUUUUUUAUAAUGCUGCACAAUCAAUACUGUACGCAAAAUAAUAGGCCAUUUGUUAAAUUAGGGCACACCCAAAUCAAUUGAAUUUAAUAAUUGACAGGGUUUUGAAAAUAAUAAUUUGUAACAAUAAUAAUAAUUUACUGUGAAAUAUUUUACUUUAGAAAUGUGUUUACUCAUUUUCCACUACACCUAAGCAAUAAUACUGUAUUAUUUAAGUAUUUGUAGAAAAUAAUCUGUGUUAAUAAAUAUUGUAAUAGUAUGCUAUGAGUUACGAAUAUGGAAGUGUAGAGAUAUUCAGAAGGCGCAAUGAGGAGGAUGAAUUUAUUCGGAAUUUAACGACAACCAUAGAUAGCUUAAAAAUUUAAAAUGUAAAACGCUAAAAACUAACCGUUUCUGCUUAUAGGCCUACUUAAUAGUACUUAAUGACUAAAUGUACCUACAUAUUGUAUGUAGUUUGGCAGACUAGAACCAAACAAACAAACAGUCGUAAUAAACAGUCAAUUAUUGCAUUUGCUUUAGAUUUGACAGUUGACUAACAUUUUUUAUGUAAAAAAAUAUUUCUUUCUUUUCCGCCCACUAAUUCAUUCGGGUCUUUUUCUAACCUGUUAAAUGGUAUAAUUAUCUUUUUUGCGUCUUCUGAUAUACUUAUAGUCGAUUGACAUGUAAGUAUUAUGCUCGACGAAGCGUUGAUCUCUUACGAAUGGUACUUUAGUGAUAGAAAGGAAAAUAAUAGUGUUUAAGUACAAUAUGUUAUCAGUUUCGAGUUCCGACUGAAUAGUGAAUAUUUACGUAUGUAUAAUAUUUCAAGUACAAUCUAAUGAGCUUUCACUGUUACCCCCGAAUAUUGGAACGCAACUUAACUUUAAAUUUGUAUUUCUGUCCCAACUUAACACCUUCGUCAGACAGAGACAGCGAUGGGACUAAAAUUGAUUUGCGUUCCAGUUUUAUUGAUCUGGUCUGACUUGGAUGUAUAGUUAUAGUAUUAUAUAGCAUCAAAUGUAUAAGAAAAAUCUUUUUGGCAGAACUUAAGUGUGAAGAAUAAUGGUAAAGAGGCAUUAACUAAUCCUCAAGGAUUUUGUAAAAGAUUUUAAGAAUAAAUAAUAAUGUUAAUUCGCAUAAUUUUACUCGUAUCUUCAUUUAUGUUAAUUAUAACUAUGUAACAUAACUUUUAACUUUAAAUAAUUGUAAAAUAGACAAACAUGUUUAGGUUAUACUUAUAGCAAAUGAAUACUGUGUUUUUUGAGCGUUAUACUAAGUAAACUUAUGUAAAAGAUAUUUGUUUCGAAAUCGGAACUUAUUUUUAAUGAUUUAACCGUGCUUCCAACACAUGCUUUAUGAAUUAAAUGUGUGUCAUCGUAAAUUAGGUGUUAAUUAUAUUUAACGUGGCAAUAAAUAGACAUGUUUGUGAUAUUUAUGCUUCCACAGAAUAUUGUAACAUUAGAUAUUAUUAUUAAUGUUUAUCUUGCCUAGUUUAUACUGAGCAUGAUUUAAUGAUAUUUUAACACAAAGUGAGAUAUAAAUGUAUAGGCAUAUUCUAGUUUAAAUAAAUAAUAUUAUAACUAUGUAAAUAUAUUCGUACAUAUUAAAGUGCCAGACAUUUUUUGAA